AUUGGACCGCUGUGGUUUGUCAGAGAUGAGCUGUUCCUCUCUGGUCUCAGCUCUGAAGUCCAACCCCUCACAUCUCACACAACUGGACUUGGGUCAUAACACAGACCUGUGUGAUUCAGGAGUGUUUCAUCUGUGUGGUUUUCUGCAGAGUCCAGACUGUCGACUGGAGACUCUCAGAUUGUACAGAUGUGGUUUGUCAGAGAUGAGCUGUUCCUCUCUGGCUGCAGCUCUGAAGUCCAACCCCUCACAUCUCACAGAACUCCACCUGGGUGGUAACACAGACCUGUGUGAUUCAGGAGUGUUUCAUCUGUGUGGUUUUCUGCAGAGUCCAGACUGUCGACUGGAGACUCUCAGUUUGGUGUGGUGUGGUUUGUCAAAGAGGAGCUGUUCCUCUCUGGCCUCAGCUCUGAAGUCCAACCCCUCACAUCUCACAGAAUUGGAGCUGUAUGGUAACGACCUGAGUUCAUCAGAUGUGAAGGAGCUCGAGGAGCUUAAACAGAGUCGUCACUAUCGACUGGAGACACCUGAAGUGAGUAGUGACUUUAUGUUUUGAGCCUGGAGCAGUCGCACACAUUUCCUUCUGUCCUCAAACUGACUCAUGGAGCGGCUCCUUACAGUUUUUUGAUUCACUUUGACACACUUCUCUAUUGAACACUGACAUUUACUAAACAGCUCACACACAACUCCAAACAGAGUUGGAGUUUUCCUAAACUCUAACUAUGAGGACGGCAUUGAUCUGAUCAACUCUAUUUAUGCUGAACAAACAGAAGAGACGUCAGAUUAGCAAACACAUCACAGUGUUUCUCUAGAUUCUGGGGAGACUUUGGUGGCUCUGAUCAUUUCCAUUUGAAUCAUUUCAUCUCAUACAAUGAGUGGAGUUUAAAUGACCUUUACUGUCUAUAUUUGACCUUCAAGCCGUCCUUUUUGACCUCUAUACUUACUUUAAAUGUUUAGAAUAAGACAAAAGUGUGAUGUUGUGAUGCCAGUGUAAAGUCCAGGUUGUUUUUAGACUAUGGGAGAGAAGUUUAGACUCUGAGGGCCACCGUAGUCUCCUCUAUUAAAGUGAAACUGUGCAUCAGCACUGCUUCUGCUGCAUGUGAUGUCUGUGUUGGUAAAUGGUCACAUUUUUCUAUAGUGCUUUUCCACCUUCAAGGCACUCAACAACGAGGAACCACUCACCCAUUCACACACACACAAGUGUCUUGCCCAAGGACACAACAACAGCAUUCAUCUGUGGGAGCUGGAUCACACCAGCCAACCUGUGAUGUUUAUGUUGAGAGUUGGAUUCAAACCCUCAACCUUCAGAUCAGUGGGCAAAUGCUCUACCAACUGAGCUACUGCUGCCCCAGAAUCAAACAGGACAUUUAGCUACACAUUUUAACCAUCACUCCUCUAUUCAAAUUUGACAUAUUUGACACAUAAAAAAAAUAACAAAUAUAAAAUAGCUACAACUUAAAUGUCAAACUGGAGCUACUGGCAAUGGUGAAAACAAACUGCAUAGGCUCAUGAUAUCUGCAGUAGUGUCCCAUAGUGACCUGACCUAUAACUUUGUACACAACUCGCUGCACAUCAGCCCGGAGCAGAAGCUCUGAGUUCGGGAAACAGCAGCAUCCACAGCACUAAAGACACAGGAGCAUCACUGUAGCGCGCAGCCCCUCAGGACGGGGCUG